CUCUCUGUAACAACACCACUACCAUGGCCAAACGCCGCAUAAAACGCCGCACCCACACCGGCGCUCCCGGCCGCCCCUCCGCCCCCGCCUCCACCACCGGUCGAAAUGCCCCCUCCAAACCCGGCUCCCGCGACCCCAAAUCCAUGGUCAUCCGCGUAGGCGCCAACGAUGUCGGCCCCAGCAUCUCCCAACUCGUGCACGACGUGCGCAGCAUGCUCGAACCCUCGACCGCCUCUCGGCUCAAAGAGCGCCGAUCGAACAAAUUGCGCGAUUACACCACCAUGGCCGGUCCACUGGGUGUAACGCAUUUGCUGCUAUUUAGUAGGAGCGGCAGUGGGAACGUGAACAUGAGAUUGGCGUUGACGCCGCGAGGUCCGACACUGCAUUGGAGGGUGGAGGGGUACAGUCUUUGCAAGGAUCUGUAUAAGUCUAUGAAGAGGCCAAUGAGCGGAGCAAAUGAGGUUCAUCUGACGGCACCGUUGUUGGUGAUGAACAACUUCUCCUCGCACUCGAAAGAUGGUGCGGAGGGUGGGCAGGAGAAGGCGAAGGCGAAGGCAAUACCGAAACAUCUCGAAAACCUAACAACAACCAUUUUCCAAUCCCUCUUCCCGCCCAUCAACCCGGCCACCAUGCCCUUGACCAGGAUAAAGCGCGUCUUACUCCUCGAUCGUGUCAACUCCCCCUCACCAUCCACCACAGACUCCGACUCCGACUCAGCAAGCUACAUCCUAAACCUACGCCACUACACCAUAACCACCCGCCCCACCAAAUCCCUACCCAAAGCCCUGCGCCGUCUCGAUCCCUCCUCACACCCCAGCAAACACCACGGACGGAAUGGGAUCCCCAACCUAGGCAAACUGAACGACGUAGCCGACUACCUCCUCGACCCCCACGCAGCGGACGGUUUCACCUCCGGGUCUGAAUCCGAAGCAGAAACAGACGCGGAAGUCGAAGUCCAAACCCUCACGCAAAAGCCACGACAACGCCAUCCAGCAAAGUCCUCUGACAAACCCGACCGAAGAAACGGUUCGGGACCGCGGGUGGAGAAGAAAGCGAUCAAACUCCAUGAACUUGGUCCAAGGUUACGACUGAGGUUAACGAAAGUAGAAGAAGGCGUGUGUGGUGGUAAAGUGAUGUGGCAUGAGUAUAUCCACAAGUCCGCUGAAGAAGUGCGGGAGAUGGAGAAAGUACAUGAGCGGCGGAGACAGGAGAGGGAGGCUAGGAAGGCGGAGCAGAGGGCUAAUGUUGAGAGGAAGAGGGCUGAGCGCAGAGCGAGUGGGAAGGCUGGGGAGGGUGAAGAAGACGGGGAGGAGGAGGAUGAUUUUGAUGAGGAUGAGGACGAUGAUGUGUGGCAUGAUGAGGACGAGGAUAUGGAUGGGAUGGAGGAUGUUGAGCCUGGCGCGGAGGACGAGGAUGAGGAGAUGAAUGGCGACGAAUGAGACGACGAAGACCCCGAAGCAACGUGAGGCGGAGGUUGCGUCGUGACUGUGAAAUUAUGAUUGUUUUGCUUCGCACAUGAGAUACCCGCUCGAACGCUAUCAAUAAACCUUUCAGUUCGAACUUGAUAUGCGCACUCAUACCAUAUCUUCAGCUGCUCUCCUCCUCUCACCGUGGGCACGGCUACCUUCCGCUCCCGCCGCCGGACCCGCAGACCGCACGAUCUCAUCCACAAACCUCUCCGCCGCAGACGAAGGGGACGCAUCGCUGCCCUUACGUCCACGGUUGCGAGACUCCCACGCGCCCUCCCCAUUGUUUGCCUGCUCCGCAGUGCCGUCCCUCUCCACCAAAUUUUGCUGC